AUGAAGGACUUUCUAUUCCAAAGAAUGAAAAAAACAAUGGUUUAUGGACUCCACUGUUGUGCUCGAUGCAAACGUUUGAAGCUGUACGUGUGAUUUUAUGGAGAAAUUUAUCUGUGAGUAGGUGGUCGAUCCCCACAGUGAAAGGCCACAAAGGUCACGAACAUGCAUUGCUUUGCUCCGGAAUGUAACCAUAAUUCGGAAUCGCAUACUUGCCGGUUCUUUCUGUUUCCAAAUCCAGAUAAGGACAAGGAAGAAUAUGACCGAUGGGUUCGCUUACUAAGGUAGGCUGAAUGUUUGCUGUUUUUGUAUGGUUUUUCACCAUCGUGCAAUUUGGGUGCAAGUUUGUUUACAAUGAUAACGGUGAUAAAGAAAUACUUGAGCUUUGUAAAUGUAUGGCGAGAAGUGUAAGGCACAAGUAGUAUUCCGAUAGUUUAAGCUAAAAUUUUGGCGUUGUUUAAACCUCUUAAUGUUAAUCUGAAGGGUAAUGUUCUAUAUCAGGAGAGCUGACAGAAAACCAAGCAAGCAUUCCAAAGUGUGCAGCUGUCAUUUCAGACGUGGAAAGAAAUCUGCAGGGCCGGAAAUUUUCAAGUGGAAUGCUGAUAAACUAUUCCCGUCACAAAAAACUCCUCCGAAAAAGAAAAAGAAACCCAAAUCAUUGGUUAAUAAGUUACCGACUGUUAAAGAUACCAUGGCCAUCAUUAAUGCCAAAUCUACAGAGUCUUCAGAUACAUGGGACGAAAGAUCCUCAACUCCAACUGAGCAAAUAAUCUUAGAGGCAGAAUUAAACGUAGCGAAGCAGGAGCUGAACUAUCACCAGGACACCAUGCAGUAUCAGAAAAAACAUUACUCUGUUUCAAACUUGAGUUCUGAAGUAAUCAGAAUGGAAACUGGUUUACCAACAAAGGAGAUUUUCACAAUUGUAGUGGAUUAUACAGCUAAAUUCAAGGACUCCAUUUCUUAUUACUGUGGAUGGAAAGUCGAGUCCAUAACCUUUGAGGACCAAAUCUUCAUAACACUUAUGAAAUUACGGCAAAACUACACCAAUUUACACCUGGCACAGCUAUUUUCAUGCAGUGUUGGGACAAUUUCUAACAUAGUUAUAACAUUUGUACACAUCUUACAUACACUGCUGUUUGAUGAUCUGAUGAGAGUGAUUCCUUCCAGGAACAAGAACUGCUUGUGUUCGCCAUCAUCCUUUUCAGAGUUCUCGAGUUGCAGAAUUAUUAUUGAUUGUACUGACAUUGAAGUGGCCACACCAAGCCUUAUGAGUCAACAAAAUGUGACCUAUUCAAGUUACCGUGGGAUGAACUCAUUCAAAGUUUUGACAGGGGUUGCACCUAAUGGAGUGUUGACCUACAUUAGCAACCUCUACCCUGGAUCCAUCUCUAACAAAGAGAUUGUCCAGCAAUCUGGUUUUCUACAGCACUUUGUUCCUGGUGAUCUGAUCUUAGCAGACAAAGGAUUUCUCAUUCAAGACAUUGUUCCUAAGGGUGUGUCUGUGAACAUUCCACCAUUUCUUGAACACGGUAAAUUUACUGAAAGUGAGGCCAAGUUAACCAAGUCAAUUGCUAGAUGUCGCAUACAUGUUGAAAGGGCAAAUGCAAGGCUCAAAGAUUUUAAAAUUCUGAGUUUUGUCCCUCCAUACUUAAGGUCUCACAUUGACAAAGUGUUUCAGUUAUGUGCAGCUAUUGUCAACUUGCAGUUUCCAUUAAUUAAAGAGGGGUGUGAGGGAACAGACUUUGACUAG